AGUUCUGUUGUGAUAUCUAGGGCGUAAUACGUACUGUGAAAUUGACCUGUGCUAUACAUUGCUAUAUAUUACAUAAUAUAUGGAUAUAAUCUGUAAAAGAGAGGCGAAUUAAUUUUGUCUCGUAUAAAACAUCUGUAAAAAUGAUCGCCAGCAAAGUAAUUGUUCGAUCAUUUUCAUCUUCUUCCAUCAUACAACAAUUGGUGAAGCCACCAAUUCAAUUAUUCGGUUUAGAGGGAAGAUAUGCUACUGCGCUUUUUUCUGCCGGAAGCAAACAAAAGACACUUGACACGAUUGAACAAGAUUUAGACAAAUUACAGGGUUUGUUGAAGACAGAUGCUAAAUUGGCAGAAUUUGUAAAAGAUCCUACAAUAAAGCGUAAAAACAAGGUUGAAGCACUAAAAGCUAUUGGGAAUAAGAUAACUCUCAAUCCAGCUACUUCGAAUUUGUUAACGUUAUUAGCAGAGAAUGGUAGACUUAAUAAAUUUAAUCAAGUCUUUAAUUCAUUCAAAAUUAUUAUGGCUGCAAAUAGGGGAGAAGUAGUUUGCGAAGUAAUUACUGCAAAAACACUAGAUGCUGAUACUAAAGGUAAAUUAGAAUCGGCUCUAAAAUCUUUCCUCAAAAAAGGUGAGACUAUUAAACUUACUUCCAAAGUCGAUCCAUCGAUCAUCGGUGGUAUGAUCGUAUCUAUUGGCGAUAAGUAUGUAGAUAUGAGUGUUGCUAGUAAAAUUAAGAAAUAUUCUGAUAUUAUUCAGACUGCGGUUUAAACAUUUUUUACCUAUUCGCAACAACGUAAAAAACCGUAAAUGCAAUUUAGGCAAAUACCAAUGUAAUGUAAAUAAUUGAAAAAUAAAUACAUAUAAAUUAAAAAUUAAAA